UAAAAAAGCGCUGAAUGUUUGAGUGACAACAAUAAUGUGUUUUCCAUUAUUAGGAUGUUUAGUGGAUGUUCUUCCAUAUAUAUGUGUUGUCACGGUACCCGUUUACGGUUCAUUUUGUGGAAUUGACCUUAUUUUACGCGUGUCAAUCCUGUUUUAUGCGUAUGCAUUGAUAACUCAGUAUGGUCCUAACUUUUUGCAUUAUAUAUUGCCUUAUUUGAAUCUAAGCCUGUUGGUAUUGACAUUGAUAUAUCUUCCAAUAAAUCUGGUACCCUACCCAUUAGUAUGGCUCUAUGACAAAAUACUAUGGGUAACAGAGCCAGCACUUAUGAUAGCAGAGAUUGUUUUGGCCUUAAACUUUGUGAUGCAUUGUAGUCAGAGAGUGAUUGAAAAAAUGGAAGAAGAUGAUUCUAAUUUAUGGAAGAUCCUGACAAUAGGUUUUUCUUCCUUGUGUUAUGCACUGACAGCUUCAGCUUCAUGGGACAUUUAUCUGGAAGGUACCAAAGGUCAAAUGCUGUUGUUAUUUGUUGUUUUGAUUCUCUGUCUGACAAUGCACAACAUGAUGUGGAUGUCACAAGAAGGAUUUCUGUGUGAUGUUGCCUUUUCAACACUAUGUUCUAUAUCAGUAUUGUAUGCUAUGAAGGAAGAGACAUCGUUGAUAAACCAUCCACUACGUACACCAGAUACAUGGCUACAAUAUGACAGUAGAAAAUCUUUAUAUAGUAUUGGAUUCUAUAUACUCAACAGUACAAUGGAUAAUGCAGGCCUUGCUUUAGAAUUUCUGAUGAAGUUUUUACGACCAUUUUUCUUGGUUACUCUAGGAAUAAGAUUAUACAGUAUAUUAUAUAUAAUAGAAAAAGUAUAUGAUAAAUUUGUUAAUGAAGAUGAAGAUAUAUUUGAAGAUUUUGAUGAAGAAAAAUUAUCUCAACUCUACAGAUCUCCAUUGACUAUAAAACUUUCAGUAAUAUUCAUGUUUACUCAAAUGACUGUUAAUCUUUUUUACGAAACCCGUGGAGUUUCUACAGUGUCAGCAUGGCCGUUUACAUAUAUCAGUGACUUCUAUCCUAAAGAUAUAGUAUUUAGCAGGGUAAUACAGAUUAUUGUGGUAAAUAUAUUUUACAUAUGGAGAUUAUACUACUCAGAUGAUUGGACAUGGAGUGAAUGGUUCUCAUCCUCAUUGUGAAAAUUUGAAGAGGAUUUCUGAUUCCAGUAAGUGUUUUAAUGGAUGGAAACAGAAAGUAAAUCAUAAGAUCUGCAUAGAAUGAAAUAUAUUGUUGUGAGUUUGGUUUGGCAUAUUAAGUUUAAACCGUGUGUUUUCGGAACAGAAAUGAAACUGGAGAUGGGGUACCAGAAAGUUGAAUACUAUUUUGAAAGGUUGUAUUACUCUCUUCCCAUGAAUACCCAUUCCCAAUAUAUUAAAAAUAUUAUCUGUGAUUUUCAGCAGGAUAUAGGAUCUAAAAAAUAGGGAUUUAAAAUUGUAACUGCCAAGUUGAAAUUUCAAAAUUGGUAAAUGUUUUUACUAAACAUGCUAAAAUUGUCAACUCAAACUUAAAUAAAAAGAAAAUAAUUUAUAUGCAUGCUUUUUCAAUUAUAUGAAAAUAACUUAAAAAAAUAUGAUUUUUGUUUUAAAAGAAACAAAUGUAUAUUUAGACAUUCAGUAUUAUUUUUUUCUCCUUUUCAUAUACAUGAUAUAUGUGUGUCUCGUUAUUAAAUGACUUGACUGGAAGCUCCAUGAUAUACAUGAUAUACCCUUUUUUAUUACAAUAUUUUGGAAACAGCAUGGUUCAUACUACACAGUAGUAAAGUAUUUUAAAAUCUAUCACUAAUUUUGUAGCCAUCACAUAAAAAUAACACUUUUCAGCAUUUUCAUAAAUAUACACAGGUCUUUGCAUUGUGAACACCUCCUUUUACUAUAGAAAUUAUGCAGUACGGAAAUAUUUCUUCACCAUUUGACUGCCAUUUUUUCCUGGAAACGUAAUUUUGAUUGUUUCAAAAACGGAGAUAAAUGGGGAGAUAAUGAACUGUUUAGAUACAGGGUCAACUAUAGUUCAUCAGUGAUUAGAUAUGCAUCAUGUACAUGUAUAUACAAAUAAGGAUUUUUUUAUAUGCCCAUCAUGGAGGGGACAUACAUGCAUUAUUGUAUACCCUUGUCUGUCUGUUUGUCAGUCAGUCUGUCCACACAUCCUUCAAAAGAUAAAGAAUAACUGAUCAAGUUUUAUGAAACUUGUGUGGAAGAAAACAACCUUUCGAUUUUGAAAUUGUUUUAGGUUGUUCUAGGACUUAACCGUCAUUGCCAUUUGUCACAUAUCACACCCUAACUUGAGGCUUGGAUUGAUUUAGGCUGUUAUUUGGAUCGUUUAAGUUGGCUACCUGUUGAUUUUGAAAAAAAUUUGAUUUUCAAUCCAGAGUUAGGGGAUUUUGAUGAGGCAUCAAAUUUUCGUAAAUUUUUCACAUCAUGUUCUCUAACGUUUAACUUGUAAGACUAUUGUUGGGAUUGGUUAAAGUAAGCUACCUAUCAGCAAUGAUCAGUUUUGAAGUUUUCCAAUUUCUCAUUCAAAAUCUAGAUCUAGAGUUAUGGGAAUUUCUUUCCUUUGAUUGUAAGAUUUAAGACAAUAUUUUAACAUGUCUUGCACUAACUUUAGUAUGCUUUGAUCAUAUACUUCUAACUUUUUAAUGUUGUUGGGAUUGUCAAAAGAAGCUGCUUCCUGUUUUUUUUUAAAUGUUAGAUAUGCUUUUCUAGAGUUAUUGGACCUUUAACUAUCUCAUGCAAGUUUUUCUGCAAGGUCAUUUUACUGACUUUUGAUUUUAUGGCACUUACAAUGAUCCAUUUUAUAUUUGGAAUAAUUUCAAUAUGCAUAUGAAGGUUGAAUCUAUUGUUUCUGUCACAGCUCUUUAUUUAGUUAAUGUGUUUCUAAACACUGAUAGUGUCAGAGGUGCAAUUUAAUAAUAUUGUCAUCUCAAAUGUUAUACAAUGUUAUUUGUUUUAUUUCAUUGUCCUGUAAUUCGCUCAAAGGUAUUGCAAAUUAGGCAUAUCUUCAAUAUACAGAGUAUUAAUAGAUAAUAAAAAUAAAUAAUGGAAAUCAAAGGACAAGUAAUGUAUUUUGAGACCAAAGUUUAUAUGCUAAUACAAUGUAUUGUUUAUUAAGAAUAAUGCUAAUAUAACAUUUUUGUUUGUAUAUAUCUGUUUCACAAUAAAUCAUUUGAAAAAUGGUAACUACUGUAUGCAUUAAAAUACACAGUUGGUUGUAACUAUGAUUACUAACCCAUAAUUUUUAUAUUUUGGAUUUUUUUUUAAUGUCAAACUGCUUUUUGAUUUUUAUUCCUUUUUAUUUGUUAUAAUAUUUUUGUUUUAUCUUAAUUUCUUAUAUCUUUGCAUAAGAAAUAUAAGAUAUAUAUACAAGAUCUGUAAGUGCAUUUUGCCAAUUCUUAUUUUGAGAUUAUCAUUAUGAUCAUGGUAGUACAUUUCCUAUAUGAUCUCUUAUUUAAUAAGAUCUGCAUUUUGCUUACUGUAAAUUCAGAAAUCAUUAUUAUUGCAAAUAAUGCUACUGGGUGAUAAUCACAAUAUGAGAACUCGCAUUUGGAGAUCUGAUACAUAUCACUCUAUGCAGAUUUUCCUGAAAUUUCAAUAAUUACUAGAACACACCCGCGAAAUAGCGGGCAUUUAGAGCGUGGUUGAAAGUAUGUAAACUGUUGUAGGAUGAAUUUUUGUUAACGAUUUUAUGACUGGAGAAUUUCAGGAACGGUAUUAAAAGUCAUAGAUACUUGGUGACAGGACAAUUUUUUUUAGCCCUCCCCCUUUUUUUGCAAAGUCCAUUAUUUUUUGUUUUCUGUUUUUCUGUAUACUAUGAACAUACAUAUACUAUAAAUAAAGUGUACUUGCUAUUUACUAUCAAUUCCAAGUUUACUAUUCACGGCGGUCACUGAUGUAUUAUAUUUGAAUUGAUAGUAAAUAUAAAGCAAAUACACUUUAUUUAUAUUAUAUGUAUGAUCAUAGUAUACAGAAAAACACGAAAAUAAUUGUCCUUUCCCUAAGUACUUAUGAAAAUUAUGUGUAAUUUUAAAACAGUCCUAACCUAAAGGAAAUCUUAUCUAUGACUUAAAAGUCUGUCCGAUGAUGGAAACAAUAUCCGGACGCCUUUAUUUUCGUUUUCCUCCAAAAAUAACCCAAACUGAAUAAUCAUAAGCGAGGAUGAUAAAUGCGACUAAAAUGGUACCUAUAGGACACAGAGGCAUGAUGAUUAAUUUAUUAUGGAAGGAAGAGAAGUGACACACAAAAUGAGGUCUUCUCAUUUAAUAGUAUAGAAUCUUGCAUUUUUGUCCUUUCUUCAAAAUUGCAAUAAUAAAUGCACAAAAUAAUUUCUGAAUUUGCAGUAUUCUGAUUUUAAGAUUAUUUAGGAAGAUUAAUUUGCUUACUUAGAUAAUUGGUGUCAGAUUAUUUAAGUUUCUGCAUUUUGCCUGAAUUGAGUUGUUUAUUUGUUGUUUUGCUAAUCAUUUAUUUUUUGCUAUUCCUUGUUGUAUGUGAUUAAGAUUUAAAAAAAUAAUACAUAAAAAUCCUAGAUUGGAGCAAUACUUAUAUCUCAGAAUGAAUCACUUAUAAUAGACUAUUUUCAUAUUACCGACUUCUGACUCCGGAAUACAUAAUAAUUCGACAGGUUGCCUAGUCUGUGGUAGGACAUUCUGGACUCAGGUCAAGU